AGCAAUCCCCGGAAAUUUUGCACAUGGGAUCGACAAGAUUACUCUAGCAAGGCUCGGUCAGCAACCCUUUCGAUACACGCAUCGUCCCAUAAAUCGAACGAGCUUUGUUGCAAUUGGUGGCAAAGGAUUCCGUUCGCGUCGCGGACAAGCUUCACGGUGAACGGUGGAGUAAUGAAGAUGGUCUCGGGUGAAAGGUGUCUGCAUUGCAGCUUACCAACUAUCUGGGUUCGACGAUGAUUUAAAAGUCACGAAAACCCGCAAUUGAAACGAAUUUUUUCUCAUCAUCAUCCACCAACAUCAACUCACAGUUCGAUCUCAUCAGCCAGCCUGAAAUCGCAGUGCGAUCUUCCAUCUCUUCAACUUCAAUCUCUAAUAUUUAAUUUUUGAUCUUACCUCAAAACCCAAAUCCAUCAAAAUGGCUACUCCUGCUCCUACCUCUGCCACCAAGAACGUCUACACCAGCGACUCUGACUCCGACGGACAAGCCCGCGGUGGCCGUCGCGGCGGAAACGCGCUUGCACAAGCUGUGCCUACUUCAAUCGGUCUGUCACAGCCAGCUGGUCAACUACUCAAGGGCGCCACCGACGACAAUGGCAACCAGAAGUCUGCCGCUCUCCUAGUCGGUAUCAAGCUUGACUUGGAAGCUGAGGUGCACCUGUCAGCUAGGAUUCGCGGUGAUAUCUGCGUGGGAUUGUAUUAGAGAUGGAAACGCCUCGGCUCGGCGAGAGACGCUGUCCACGGAUGGUCUCUAAGACUUUUAGAGCGAUCGCAAGUUAGAUACCUGGGCUGGCCCCUAUAUACCCCGGACUUGCAUCUGUAUGAAAGAUUUAUAGACCUCUUCAAUCUAAUAUGAGUUGAGCAAUCAAACUCAUUUUGUUGGCUGGC